AUGGCCGUCGUGUACCACCUGGCCGAGAGGCUCGGGGCGCCGUGGGUGUGUGCCUCUCCUGCACUUGUGCCGUAUGCCGCGCCACCGGACUUCGAGAAGCAUUUUAAGAUCAGGACCGACUUCCCAGAGCUGCAUGCCGCGAUCCUCGCUGGGAGCAUGCCCGGGUGGACCUGGCACCGUGCUUCUUCCGUCGCUCACAUCGGGUCCUGGCUCUGGCCCCUCUUCACCGACAACCACGCCCUCUUCCGCGAGAACCUGCUCGGCCUGCCGCCCGUGCCUGGCUACGACGAGGCAGACUCCUUGCUGCCACAGAUCGCCUGCGCCCGGGGCGCUUCCUGCUCGGGCUGCCCGGCGCGCUGCUCGGCGAGCCGGAGAGCGGGCCUCGCUCCCGCCCGGGGCCGCCGUGUGCGGGGCGUGGGCGCCGGCGGGGGCCGGCGGCCCGCUCCAGGCGCCGCUGGCCGCGUUCCUGGCCGGCUGCGCGGCCCGGGGCCGCGGGGGGCCCUUCUACGUGGGCUUCGGCAGCAUGGGGAGGGCGGGCUGGGUCAGGACCCCGGCGCGGUUCUAAAGGUGGUGGUAGACACAGCCAGGUGGAUGAAGCUGGGCGUCGUCGUGAUGGUCCACAUGGUCGAGGGGCUCUCUGCCCAGUGCCAGAGGGAGACGCCCGCGGGUGAUUUCGCGUUGCAGCCUGGGGAGGGAGACUGGCCAGGAGCGUUGCUCUGCUAUACUGACGUCUGCCACUGCAGCCUGCUACCCGAGUGUUCCGCUGCAGUGCACCAUGGUGGCAUCGGCACCACUAUCGCGGCGCUCAGGGCUGGCAUCCCGCAGUUGAUCGUGCCCAUCGCUUUCGACCAGCCUUACUGGGCCGAACGGGUGGGGGCGCUGGGUGUGGGCGAUUCUUUACAGAUGGAUGAGCUGACCGUUCCAGUCUUGUCCCGCGCACUCAGGAGAUUGCUCUCUGCUGAUGUCGAAGAGGAAACAACUUUAUGCUUGUGUUCUUGCUCUUCCUGUGAUGGUGCACGGGCGGCAGCCAGCAGGCUGGGCGCCCAGAUCCGGGCCGCCGACGGGGUGGGCGCCGCCGUGUCCGCCAUCCUGUCCGCGGCGGAGGGCGCGGCGCCUCCCCGGGCCCACUGCGCCUCGCCGCUGCGGCCCGCCAGGCGCGUCGCCCUCCACCCGGGCGACGGGGCGCCGCGGGUCUGGGCGCGGUGCCCCGGAGAGGUGCAGUACGUGCACAGCGAGAUAGCCAGCCGGGCUUGCUACGGCGACGUGGGGCGGCUGCAGCCAGGCUGCGUCGUGAUCGAUGCUGGCAUGAAUCUGGGGCUCUUCGCGCUGCACCUGGCCCGCACGUGGACGCGGGGCAGCGGCGCCGGCGCCGGCGCGAGCGGAGGGGGCGGCGCCAGCGUGGCUGGCGUCACUUGUCUCGGUUUCGAGCCUUGCGCCGAGACUUACGAUUUGGCGUUGCGCAACCUGCGGGAACAGGGCGUCCAGGUCGUGGACCAUGGUGUGUCGUUGGCGGGGCUGUCUCCGAGCGUUCUGCCCCGAGCAGCCCAGGAGCCAGCAGCUUCAGAGGGGUUGGAGCAUUCGGGGCUGCAGCACACCGUGCCCUGUGUGGUCGUUCACUGCUUCAACUUGGCUCUCUCGGACAAGGACGAGGAGCUCGAGCUCUGCGUCCUGCCACACCUCUCGUCGAACUCCACCCUCAAGAGGCACAGGGCGGCAAAGGAGCGGCAUCGGCACUCUGGCGCCUACGAGCAGCGAUUGGUCGAGUUUUUCUUUGCAGAGGAGCGCGUGGAGAAGGUGCAAGCCGUGAGCCUGGCAUCGGUGCUGCGGCGCCUGCUGGGCGCGGCACUGCCGGGCGCUGUCGCCGAUCCGAUCGCGCACGUGGGCGCCGUCGGGCUCCUGAAGGUGGACGUGGAGGGUGCCGAGGCGGAGGUGCUGGCAGGCCUGGGCGAAGAGCACUGGCGGCUGAUCUCCCGGAUUGCGAUGGAGGUCCACACCAGGGAGGCGCUGGAGGCAGUACAGACUCUGUUGUCCAAGUUCUUCUCUGGCGAGGUGAAGGUGGAGGAGCAGGACGACCUCGAUGACCACUGGAUGCUGUACGCCUGCGCGCGGAGCCUGCCAGAGUGCAGCGAAUUUAGCCAGCCUGGCGCAGGGACGAAGCGGAGGCGCUUCAUGCCCGACCCAGCGGAGGACAAAUGCGCAUCUCCCAUCAGCCACAUAAUUCAACAGGAAGGUCAGACCUUGACAGGUCAAGUCGAGACUCACCACCAGCAGUGUUGUGGAAGGUCCCAGCACUGGUCCGCCUGCGGCGGGCGGCGACCGGGCGAACAUGCGUGGAACCAGGCCAAAGAUACA